ACAUCACCAGCGGUGGAGGGGAAUGCCAGCCGUGCAGCGGAAGAGUCACGUGCAGCAGCUUAAUCUGUCUCCGUUGAAAGCGAGGACAAAGGUCCCACCACAGCUUUUACUGCACAGCAAAACUUACAAGUGGCAACCUUUGCACAAAGGAACUUGGCAAGGAGCAGGCUGGUGUGCAAGAACCCACAGGAAGAGGAGGAGGGGCCCUGCAGCCGGCAGCAGCCCUCAAGGUGCCCAGCGAGACACAGGGUGGGAAUACUGCCUACCCGGAGCUCUAUUUUCUCUCCCAGCACAGGAGCAAUUGGAAAGGCAGACUCAGGAAGCUCUGCAACCGGAGAGCUCUGGUGGGGAUUGGAGUCAGAAUCUCAUCGGGACAGGGAAGCGCUCCAGCCAAGAGAGCCUUGAACAUGCUUUAAAGGGAGCCGGAUGCCUCUGGGGAGCCACAGGAGGAGAUCUUGGGGAUGGUGAAGCUUGCCAGAGGAGGCAGCAUGGCCGGGAUGCAGAAGGAAGAGAGUCUGGAGGUACCAAAGGGCACUGAGCCAUGUGUGUUGCCAGAGGCUUCCCAGUCUCACGCAGAGGCACUUAAAGACAGGCAGAUGCCCAACCCCAGAGUCCAGGCAUUAUCAUCAUCCGCAGCAGCAGCGGGGAAGGUGAGUCUCCGCCAGUCACAGAAGCGGGACCUGAUCAGGAGCCUGGGCAGAUUUAGCAGAGGUUCAGGUAACUGGGAAGUGGGCUCUGACACCGCCCGGCUCUCCAUAGGCCAGGGCAGCACGCGACGGAGAGGUCUGAAGGAGUUCCUGCUGCAGAGCAGUGGAGCUGAGGGAGCCAUGUGGCUUGCAGCUGCUCAGAAGAUAGCCAGCAGCAGCAGCACUACUGUGGGGAUACCCCAAGAGCUGGAGCAGAAGUUGGAACAGAGCCCUGAGGACUUGUCCUUAGCUCUAGACCCCCUAGAGCAUGAGUGGAUGCUGACUGUGGCCCAGGGGAACCCGCAGGGCAUCCUGAGAUUGCUAGAUGUGGAUCCCAGCCUGCUGGGCAGAAGAGAUUUUGUGACGGGCUUCACAGCCCUCCAUUGGCUGGCCAAGCAUGGCAACCAUGAGGCGCUGAUUGAGGUGAUCACCUGUGCAGAGAAGAAGGGUUAUCAUGCGGAUGUCAACAUUCCCACAGCCAGCGGUGGGCUGACCCCCCUGCAUCUGGCUGCCCUGCAGGGCCAUGAGAUGGUCAUUAAGGUUCUGGUGGGAGCCUACGGUGCCAACACGAGCCUGCGGGACCACAGCGGCCACAAAGCCUGGCAGUACCUGAAAGCAGAUGCCUCCAGGGAGCUGAAGGAGCUGUCAGGGGCUUUAGAGGAUGACCUGGCCCAGCUAGGUGCCUGGAACACCAACAACAACUGCAAGCCAUCCAGAAGGGCUGGGGACUCUGGUGCUGAAAGGAACAGUCAGAUGUUCUUCAGGCUGCCCUCCUUGAGGAACAUGUUCAGACAGGCACUUUCCUUCUUCCAAGACCUUUAAGUUGUCCUCUGUGCCUAAGACUCAGUUUGAUGUGGCCUAUGAAUUGGUUGUGAAGAGCAGCUUGGUUAGGGCUAGGGGAGGUGAGGUAUGGAGAACCGGGGUAUGGCAAGGUUUGGUAGAGGAGACAACUGUGGAACUGGUACUAACCCAUGGGUGCUGAGGCACAGAGAUUACUCAAGAGCCAUUGACUAAGGCUUUUGCAAACCUGUGCAGACUUGGAUCCUGCACCACGCCCCUUGCAAGCCGCGUGCUUAGCCUUUGUGCCUGUGUACCUUGGGGGCAGGAUUUGGCUCUCAGGAACUAUUCUGCUUGAACAAUGGAAGCCUCUGACAGUGACAUUUCUUCUGCUGCUUCUUUAACCUCUCCACCGUGAAUGGAGACCCAGAAGUGCAGCCUGCCAUCCUCCACCCCCAUGCAAGUGCCCCACACAGGCCUGGCUCCUUAUGUUGUUCACAGCUGGCCAGGGCAUGGGCCUAUAAAGCAUGGGGAUGUUGAGAAUGCCUUAUAAGCAAUCCCGUCUGCUUUGUUUACAUUGUUUCCCUGCUUGCUCCAGCGCUGUGACUGAGAACAGCAAUAUGGAAAGAGGUGCUUUUACUUUUAGUGCUGUUGUCGCUGCCGACAUUUCCCCCCUGCACAAGUCACAGGAUGGAGUAGCAGAGGAAGCCCAAUUGUGUGGUUAAAACACAGGACUGGGUGGCAGGAGAACUUGCAGGCUAUUUCUGGCUUCUCAUGUGACUUUGGUCAAGUCACUUUAUCGCUCACUGCCUCAGUUUCCUCUUUUCCAAAUGAGGAAAAUGCCUGUCGCCACUGCACGGGGAGGCUGUAAGAUUAGAGCGACUGUUGUCUGCAGGCUGCUGGGAGGACAGCGGACAGCCAGAGCUAGCAGUGUGUCAUAAAUCAUUCCACGGUGACUCAUUGAGAGGUCUCAGAGUUUGGACUCCAGGUGGGGAAAGAAGCAGCCACUGAAACUCCAGAGACAAACGUCUUCAUUUCCUGUACAUGUCUCUUCUAAGAAAGAACAUGGAGGAAAACAUAGAAAACAGGUAAUGCCACUAAACUGCAUGUGCAUUCAAAACGCACUGAAAAAAGAUCAUUUGCAUUUCUUUUCCCAGAAGAAAUCUGCUGUGUCAAAUAGAAACUUGAGUCCCCAAUUAGACUCCAGUCCUGGAGCACAGAGAAAAUGGUGGUCAGGCAGGCAGCAGCUUUAUUUAAACAGCUCCAGCACUCGCAAAGAAUGGACACAACGUAGAGAAAAGGAAGGACCUUAGGAACACUCUGACAUCUUCUGACCACCUGGGUUUGAGGAUUUUAAAUUAUAAAGCCCGAAGUGGCAUGAUAGGAGACUCAAGGCACCAUAGGCAAAAUUUUAAGUGCUAAAUGGGAUACCUUCUCAUGCUCCCUACCUGUUCCCUGGACCCUGUCUCCCUAUAGACAUCAGUCAGCUCUGCUGGGGGGUGGGGAAAGGGGCCAGAUUAGGCAGAAGUUAGUGCAGGUAGGUGCCAUGCAGAGGAAAGGAACUUAGCUCACAUUCCUAGGUAGGAGGAGCCAUUGUUCUGGGAAAUAGAAAAGGCACAUAGAUAAGAACAAUAAACAAUAAUGUACAGACACUCCAGAGAAACAAGGGAGGGAGUGGUUAUUAAUCCCUCUUUCUAAUGUAUCGCUGCUCAGAUUUGAAAGCAUUAAAAAGAUAAAUCCUUUUCUACUCGCCCGUCUGACGUGUAUGUU